AUGCCCACUAACGGCACCAACAAAGCCCUGAAGCUUCAGUUUGGCCUCAUCAACCACGAGAGCCGGUAUCUGACGGCGGAGGCCUUCGGCUUCAAGGUGAACGCCUCGGCGCCCAGCAUGAAGAAGAAGCAGAUCUGGACGCUGGAGCAGGACGAGCAGGACGGCCAGGCGGUGUACCUGCGCAGCCACCUGGGCCGCUACCUGUCCUCCGACAAGGACGGCAAGGUGAGCUGCGAGGCGGAGCAGCGGCACGGCAACUGCCGCUUCCUGAUCGUGGCGCAGUCGGACGGCCGCUGGGCGCUGCAGUCUGAGCCACACCUGCGCUUCUUCGGCGGGUCUGAGGACUACCUGUCCUGCUUCGCCCAGGCCAUCGGCGAGACGGAGCUGUGGGCGGUGCACCUGGCCCUGCACCCGCAGGCCAACCUGCUGAGCGUCAGCCGCAAGCGCUACGCCCACCUGUCGCCCGAGGAGGGCGAGAUCUCCUUCGACUGCAACAUCCCGUGGGGUGUGGACGCCCUGCUCACGCUGGUCUACCUGGAGGGGAAGUACUGCCUGAAGACCUGCGACAGCCGCUUCCUCAACCACGACGGCAAGCUGGUGCGGGAGAGCGGACGGGGCACCGGCUACACGCUGGAGUUCCGCUCGGGCCGCCUGGCCUUUAAGGACUGUGAGGGGCGCUACCUGUCCCCGUCCGGCCCCACGGGCACGCUGCGGUCCGGACGCUGCUCCAAGCCCGGCAAGGACGAGCUCUUCGACCUGGAGGAGAGCCACCCGCAGGUGGUCUUCCAGGCCGCCAACCACAGAUACGUUUCCAUCCGGCAAGGGGUGAGCAUCUCAGCCAAUCAGGAGGAUGAGACAGACAUGGAGACCUUCCAGAUGGAGAUCGACAAGGAGACCAAGAAGUGCAUGUUCAGGACCAACGAGGGAAACUACUGGACACUGGUUUCCCACGGGGGCAUCCAGUCCACGGCUACGGAAGUGGGUGCCAACACCAUGUUCGACGUGGAGUGGCUGGGUAGCCGGGUGGCCUUACGGGCCAAUAACGGGAAAUACGUCUGCACCAAGAAGAAUGGGCAGCUAGCCGCCGUCAGCGACACUGUGGAUGGCCCUCCGGUGGGUCCUGCUGGGUUCUGCCAGGUUGUGGGUGGUCUGACCCUCACUCUCCGCACUGUGUGCCCUGCAGGCGAGGACGAGCAGCUGGUUCUGAAGCUCAUUAACCGGCCCAUUCUGAUCCUGCGGGGGGAGGACGGCUUCGUCUGCCACCACAAGGGAUCCAACACGCUGGAUGCCAGCCGCUCUGUCUACGACAUCUUCACCCUGCACUUCAGCGACGGCGCCUACCACAUCAAAGGUACCAGCGGAAAGUUCUGGUACGUUUCCAGCAGCGGGUUGGUGUGUUCGGACGGGGAGACGCCCGAGGACUUCUUCCUGGAGCUGCUGGAGCACGGGCGCAUGGCCAUCCGGGGCAAAAACGGCAAGUACCUACGCGGAGACAAAGGCGGCAACCUGAAGGGCGAUGGAGAGACGGCCGACGCCUCGUCCCUGUGGGAGUACUGACCCCUGGAGGACACUCCGGGAAGUGUGCCCCUUACAGAACCUAUCAGUGGA